AAUUCGAUUUGGUCGUCUACAAAUGGAUCGUCGUAGUUCGACUUCAUCAAUCAAUGGUCGUCAAAAGCAAUCAUCAUCAUCUUUGUUGAAUGGAUAUUUACUACCUUCAAGACUGCAAACAUCUAAUCAAUCGACUUUAUCAUCAUCAUUUACUGGACGAUUGAUAACAAAAUUGAUUAAGAAUCAACAUUCCUUACUUCAUCAAUUUACAUCCACUCUGAAUGAACGAUUACGUCCUAAAGUAAAAUUACAACAAUCAAAACAAUCGGACAAUAUUACUAGAACAGCAAAAACGAUAGAAUCAUUGGCCACUAAUCAGACUGUCCGAUUGAAUAAAACGAUCGAUAAAUCUUCACGAAGAAACGACAAUGAUCCACUUUGGUAUAACAAUGAUAUCAUAACAUUGGAUGAUUAUGAUCAAAAUGAUCAAACCACUGUUAGUGGUAGUAUAAGUGAUCAUCUUUCAUCACCAACAUUGAAUGUCAUCGAUGAUGGUCUAAACAAUACGAAAAUUGCCCACAAUAUUUUGAUUGUACAUAAGAAUUCUAAACAGCAAUCUAACACAAAAAAUGAUAAACCUAUGACAACGAAAUUUUCCAUACAAACAUAUGGUGAUCCAAAUCGGCUUUCACCACCAUUUAUGAUCGAUGAAUUGGAAUUUGUGCCGAUCAAAAAUAAUCAUCGACCAUCAACAAUGAUGAGUUUAGCACAAUGGAAACAGAAACAUCAACAACAACAGAAUAAGCUUAGUACAAAACCAAUGGUGGUAGUAACAUCAUCACCAAUUCCCUCUAAACCGUUGAAACCAUUGGAGAAUCAAGAUGAUGAUGAUGAUAAUCAGAUGCCCACUUCAUAUGCUGCAUCAUCAUCAUUGUUUCCAUCUACUCAUGUACCACAAAUAUCAUCAUCAUCAUCAUCAUUCAUCACAACAACAUCGACAUCUGUCACAAAUAAAUCAUUCGAUAAUCGUCGAUCAACUGUGACCAAUGGUCGAAUUCCUUUGGCAACAACAAAAGCACAAUUUAUCUCAACUAAUUUGCCUUCUAUGAUGAUAACGACAACAACCAUUGCAAAUCUAACAACAGAAACGGCUCAACAAUUCUUAUCAACAACUAUGAGACCUCAGCAUGAUGGUAAUGAACAGGUUGCCACCUGGAGUGUUCAUAGUGAUGACUACCAUGGUCAACUAAUCACAUCAAAUCCACUCAACAUGGAUGCAAAUAGUGAUCCAUCAGUUACGCUGAUUACCGAAAACCCAUCCACUACAUUUACAAUGGUUGAGAGCGGAACAACCAUGGAUGAUAACUCAAUCGAAUUUCUAAAAGAAUUCAAAGAACAACUUCAACAAUAUAAUCGUACAACAUCGAAUCCAAUCGAUCUAUACAAUGGACCAAAUAAUAAUUAUGAUAACGAUGAAAUGGCGCUUGAGAAACAAAAACAAAAUCUCGAUGAUCCAACAAUAAUUGUUUUCAAAAAUAAUCACAUCAAACCUCUCAGGCGAAAACCAAUCACACAGAAACCGGCGACAAGUCGUUAUACUUUCAAACCACCUUAUGCUACGAUAUUCAAUUAUCCAACUACUACCGCUAUGCCAUCACGACGAACAUCAAUAAGUUUUUCCAAUAUAGCCGGUUAUCGUGUAAAACAACCGGAAGAGAUUAAAUCGGCUACAUUGACUGUUAUAGAUCCCCCAUAUUCAGCCAGUGGUAUUAUACAAUUACCAAUAAAUACAACGAUCGUUCAUAAUAAUAUUCUAGUGCCAAUGAAAGAAGGUCGACCGAAACCAAAAUUCCCAAUACGAACAACAACAUCAUAUCCAGGUUAUCCAAUUAUAACCGGUGUUGGUGGUAACAAUUGGCAAUCACAAACAACAUCACCUUGGUUUAUUCCAAGUGUAACAACAAACGCGCCAGAUCGUUUUGAUGACGAAAUGAUGGCCAUACCAUCAGAGAAUAACUAUACAAUGAUUCAAGACGAUUACAAUCUAUUUGCAACAACAUCUUCACCAUACAACAUGACAACAAUGACGACGUUGACAACGGAACCACCAUCAACCAUUACGAAGAAAAUAUCCAAAUUGCCAAUAGUUUAUACGUACAAACCACAAAAAUUGUCGACAACAUCAACAACAACACCCACACCAUUAUAUACGAAACGACCAUCAUUGUUUCAUGCUAUAAAUGCACCACCGAUGCCAGUUAUAAGGCCAUCAGCAUCGAUUGUGCAAUCUAAUCAUUUAUUUUUCACCAAUAUGAUGUCCCGAUUACGUAAACUAUGGACAUCGGCCAUUCCGAAUCAAAUGUCUGGAUCAUCAUUUUCAAUUGUAGGAUUUUUACGUUCAACUAUUUAUUCAUUGAUGGUUAUGUUAUUGCCACCGAUAGCAUUGAUGACAUUCUUUACCUGAAAAAAAAACUUU